AUGGCUCCUGCGCUUCGUGCGCAAGCCUGUUGGCCGCAGAAGCAGGCAUUCCAUCUCGCCUGGUGCUACGAAAGGUGUCACAAGGCAGAGCAAGUCGAAGCAUUGACUCAGUUACACGAAGUUGCGGCAAGCCUCGGAUCGACUUUGGUAUGCCAUAAGAAGGCCCUCGGUUUUCUGAGCUGGCUGCAGAGUGCAAGUGGUAACGUGCUUCUCUUGACGGAUUGGCGUGAAGCAAAGCCCAUUUUUGAAGGAGUGGAACAUUUGACGGAGGGAGGACCACAAAACUUCAGAGUGCGCAUGUGCAUCACGGCGACAUCAGACAGGAUCCAUCGUCGUGCUUGUGAGUGGGCCAACUCCAUUCCCCAACGCGGUGGCUGGGAGGUGGUCGUUCUGGACGUCUUCACACGUGGAGGUGUUGAGGAGUUCAUCGUGCAAAGCGCCGGCGAGGCCCGAAACUUCAUUGACUAUGAGCAAGGGAACCUCGUUCGGUCUCCGUCUCCUACUUACACCGAUGAUGUCAAGCACAACACUUCUCAUUCACCCUCCAAGACUUCAGCCGGCAAGUUGGACCUCGCAAGAGGAUCGGCGUCUCUCUGCGUCAGGUUGUCUAUGGCGACCUUGAAGCGAGCCUUGCAAGACCCAGAUAAGGCGACGAAGCUGGAGGAGAUGAUCCGUAGUACUAUGUGGCACCAGCACUAUGAGGACUGA